GCUUAUUGAUAUCAGGGAUCUGCUCGUUUCUCCUGUAAGGAAAAAUACUACAUGAAACGGCUUUACAAGACGUAUUGAUGUACUGCUGCAAGGAUUUUCAUCUUAUUGUUCAUAGGUAGCGGUUUGCAGAUUUUGCGUCGGUGCUUCGGGUCUGAGCAGCUGUCCUGCAAGAGUGUCGGAAGAGGGAGGGAGGAGGCAACCAGAGGGAGGAAGGAAACGGGGAUAACGUCACGAAGACACGGAGUAAAACGGGCAGAGCAGCGGUUAAUGGACGAUCCUUGAUGCGGGCCAGAGGAAGGAAAAACUGGGGCCAGUUCUUUUGAUUUUUCCUCCCCCCUUACAUUAGACAAAAAUGUUUUUCCUAACCUUCCGUACGUGAAAAGGUGCGACGCCGUCAGCAGAAAGGGGGAAAAGAAGAAAGAAAGAAAAAGGGGGGGGAAAAAAGCAGCAGCAGAUUUGAUCCUUUCCUAUAUCUAGGUUUUUGGGGUUUUUUUUUCCUGGAGCUCCACCAAAAGAGAAAUGGAAAUGUGUGGAGCCCUCCUGCGUUUUCCUGUUCACUGAUCGCGAUUACACGGAACUUUUUAAAGAAGGAUCGUCCCCGGACUGCAUCUUUAAUGCGUGAAAAAGACACGUAUUUCAACCCUUCACGGCAUUUCGGAGACGACGGUUUGAGUGUUUUUUGAAGCCCAUCGGGAGAAUUAACAGGUCAAAGCUUGGAAAACAUCCAAAAUGAGCGAGCUGGAGCAGCUUCGUCAGGAGGCCGAGCAGCUGAGGAACCAGAUAAGGGAUGCCAGGAAAGCUUGUGGCGAUUCAACACUCACCCAGAUGGCUGCUAGUUUAGAUCCUGUUGGCCGGAUCCAGAUGCGGACAAGACGCACCCUUCGUGGACACCUGGCCAAGAUCUACGCCAUGCACUGGGCCACAGACUCAAAGCUUCUGGUUAGUGCCUCUCAGGACGGGAAACUGAUUGUGUGGGACAGCUACACCACUAACAAGAUACACGCCAUCCCUCUGCGCUCCUCCUGGGUAAUGACCUGUGCGUACGCCCCCUCUGGGAACUACGUGGCGUGCGGAGGCCUGGACAACAUCUGCUCCAUCUACUGCUUAAAAACACGUGAAGGCAACGUGAGGGUCAGCAGAGAGCUACCUGGACACACAGGUUACCUUUCAUGUUGCCGUUUUAUUGAUGACAAUCAAAUCAUCACAAGUUCAGGAGACACCACCUGCGCGCUGUGGGACAUCGAGACGAGUCAGCAGACCACGGUAUUCUCGGGCCACACUGGUGACGUCAUGAGUCUGUCCCUGUCGCCCGACCUCCGCACCUUCGUCUCAGGAGCCUGCGACGCUUCGGCUAAACUGUGGGACAUCAGGGACAGCAUGUGCCGACAGACCUUUACGGGGCAUGAGUCGGAUAUCAACGCCAGUUGUUUCUUCCCCAACGGAAGCGCCUUCGCCACAGGCUCCGAUGACGCCACCUGCAGGCUGUUUGACCUGCGUGCAGAUCAGGAGCUCAGCAUCUACUGCCACGACAACAUCAUCUGUGGAAUCACCUCCGUGGCUUUCUCUCGCUCCGGCCGUCUGCUGCUGGCCGGCUACGACGACUUCAACUGCAACAUUUGGGACGCCAUGAAGGGAGACAGAGCAGGAGUCCUGGCUGGCCAUGACAAUCGCGUGAGCUGUCUGGGUGUGACAGAUGACGGCAUGGCGGCGUGCACCGGAUCCUGGGACAGCUUCCUUAAGAUAUGGAACUGAGCCACGCACGUCAGCAGGAACCACACGCACGCCCAGCAUCCCUGCACACACACACGCGCACCCCACCCCUAACCCUCCUCCUCCCACCGAUGCUGUAUUUAAGAUUUAACAGCCAAACUGCAACAUUUUACUGUACAUAUUAUGAACAACGUAGGUCCGAGUUUAUCCACACAGCCCCCGGUUCCACAAGGCUUUGAAUACAAGAAAUGAACACAUGCCUACAUCACACACUACUGACUAAAAUGCACAGCAGCACACAAAACUCGUUUAUAUCAAAUGUGACCAAAUACAGCUGAAUACAACUUCAGUUGCUUGAAUGACAAAAACACACACAAAAAAACUUAAGAUUCACUGUUACCUGAAGCCUUUUAAACACAUCUAACACUCCUAAUUCACACAGUUCUCCUGAGAGACACCGCUCCUCCAGAAGAGGAGCGGGAGAAGAGCCCACCGGAUGAUUCUGCCUUUGUUUACAAUGAAACUCAACACGCGCUUCAUGUUCCUUUCUGUACCAUUUCUGCAUCAUACGUCUUCAGUGACGCCGGCGUGAAGGAAGAGUCCCAUAAGUGCAUAAACGCUUCACUGACAUGCUGUUCAGGUCAUGUGGUCACAUUUUAUAGCUAUGUACAUCUCACACGCUAGUUUUUAAGUUCACUUUUGCUCCCUUUUCUUGCCUUUUUUUUUUUUUUUAAACUUGUUUUAUUCAUGUUUUCCCUGUGUGCCUCAGAUACACUGAAAAUUAGAUAAUUAUCAGGUAAUUCCAAAUGAUCUUGGAGAAAAGAGGGACAAAUUACAACAUACAGAAACACAUCUAGUGUCAGAAGCCAGUUUUCAAACUUUGACUUUGUCAUUGAUUAUUUGGAAAUUACCAUGGAAUAAUUGUACAUAAUACUAAUAAAUAAUAGCCUCUCCUGA